AUGGCAGUGGCGAGUACCUCUCCGGCUCUCUCUCUCCCGCCUCUCCUUCUCGUCCUCCUACUCCUCGCUGCCACCAGCGAGGCCACCAAAUUUAGUGUCAUCAACCGAUGCUCCUACACCGUGUGGCCAGCCGCUGUUCCGGUUGGUGGUGGCGUGAAGCUCGAUCCGGGGGAGACGUGGGAGAUGGACGUUCCCGCUGGCACCAUGGGCGGGCGCAUCUGGGCACGCACAGACUGCUCAUUCCAGGGCGAAGGCAACGGGUCGUGCCAAACUGGCGACUGCGGCGGCUUGCUUGCCUGUAAGGGCAAUGGUCAGCCGCCCAACACGCUGGGCGAGUUCACGCUUGGCCAAAACCAAACGAACGACUUCUUCGACAUCUCCCUCCUCGACGGCUUCAACGUGCCCAUGGAGUUACUGCCGGUGCAGGUUCAGGGAAGGUCAGGGUGCGGCAAGGGGCUGCGCUGCGCAGCCAACAUCACAUCACAGUGCCCGGGCGACCUGAAGGCUCCGGGGGGUUGUAACAAUGCGUGCACAGUGUUCAAGCAGGACAUGUACUGCUUUAAUGGAAGCAAGACAAGCAACCCCACAAAUUACUCGAAAUUCUUUAAAUGGAUGUGCCCAGAUGCCUACAGCUACCCUGACGAUGGUUUCACCAGAACUUUCAAUUGCCCGUCAGGUACCAACUACCAGGUCAUCUUUUGUCCCCUUUUUAAUCAAGCACUAUCGCCGACCCAGGUAACACCUCCGACACCAAGUACUCUGCCUGCAGCUACCGGGCCAACAAGCAUGAAACCGAAAUCCUCUGCUACAAGAAGAAUUGUUGCAAUUCUAGCUCCUGUAGGCGGCUUCAUUUUGCUCACCAUCGUGUUCCUCAUCAUCUUCUUUAUAUGUAAACGAAGAACACAACGACAACAUGGGAUGGAAGAAGAGGAAGAGUUUGGGGAGCUACAAGGAACACCAAUGAGGUUCACAUUUCAACAGCUAAAAGCAGCAACCGAGCAAUUCACAGACAAGCUUGGGGAAGGAGGAUUUGGGUCUGUUUUCAAGGGACAAUUUGGUGAUCAAAGGAUUGCAGUGAAACGUUUGGAUCGAACUGGUCAGGGCAAAAGUGAAUUUUCGGCAGAGGUUCAGACAAUUGGCAGCAUUCAUCAUAUUCAUCUGGUGAGAUUGAUUGGUUUCUGUGCAGAGAAAUCCCAUAGGCUCUUGGUAUAUGAGUACAUGCCCAAAGGAUCCUUGGACAGAUGGAUUUAUUGUCGACAUGACAAUGAUGCCCCUCCUUUAGAUUGGAGCACGCGGUGCAAGAUUAUAACUCACAUAGCUAAGGGCCUCUCUUAUCUUCAUGAGGAGUGCACAAAAAGAAUUGCUCAUUUGGAUGUCAAACCGCAAAAUAUUCUCUUAGAUGACAACUUUGAUGCUAAACUUUCUGAUUUUGGACUAUGCAAGCUCAUCGACAGGGAUAUGAGCCAAGUGGUUACCAGAAUGAGAGGCACACCUGGAUAUUUAGCUCCUGAAUGGUUGACAUCACAGAUCACGGAAAAGGCGGAUAUCUACAGCUUUGGCAUCGUGGUCAUGGAAAUCAUCAGUGGAAGAAAGAACCUUGACACUUCCCGGUCAGAAGAGAGCGUCCAUCUCAUCACCCUAUUGGAGGAAAAGGUGAAGAAUGAUCAGUUGGUAGAUUUGAUUGACAAUAACAGUAACGACAUGCAAGCACACAAGCAAGAUGUAAUUCAGAUGAUGAUGCUUGCAAUGUGGUGCUUGCAGAUUGAUCGCAAAAAAAGGCCUAAAAUGUCGGAGGUGGUAAGAGUAUUGGAAGGUACCAUGAAAGCAGACCUCAACAUAGAACAUGAGUUUGUUGUAACAACUCCGGCAAAUUUUAGUAGCACAGGAAAUGUGAGCUCUUCAGCUCCACCUCUAGCCUCAGAUGUAUCAGGCCCCAGGUGA